ACAGUAAAUUUGUGCAAUUUUCCAGAUCCAUAGAAUUUUUGAUUGCCAUAACUUUAAUUUGUUCCUAGAUCUUUGCAUCUGAUCCCUCCUCCACAAAUGCCACAGUGCCUUUGAAGGAAGUUCAUUUUUUUACUGCAUGGCCUUCAGCCAUGUCUGUAGCCUGUUUGAAGAUCUCUGGGCCCAAUUGCUUUGGUCUUAACCAAUCUCUUUUUCCAGUUCUGAACAUUUUUAAAGAAAAUAUAAUUGUUAAUUAAAGAUAAAGCUAUUAAGAUAAAUAAAAACACCACCAUUUGGGCUAGGGGUGAGGUUGAAGUGGCAGAAUGUCUGCAUAGCAGGCGUGAAGCCCUAAGUACCACUAAAAGGAAGAAAAAAACCCUCUGGCUUCACCCUUCCAGAAUGGCUAGGAAGCUAAAAAUCCAAAAGUACCACCUACCAAGAAAACAUUUCCCAACUCCCUGCCUCUGCCUGCCUUCCCUGGAGCCUGCUCCUUUCUGUGGCUUUCGGUAGUCUGGGUUCCUCCGGCUGCAGGUCACACGGGCAGUGUGAACUAACAUUGGAAUUUGGACUGCAGGUAGGAAGAGAGGGCUGGAGCAGCAGAGGAAGGUCCACUGGUCCCUGAGUCCCUGCAGAGGAGGCAGCCGCACCCCCUCCCCCUCCAGGACAACUCAGCUACCUGCUGCCAUUGAGAUGAGACUUUGUCAACCACCUGAGCCAGGCUCCUGGAGGACAGGUGGCUGAGCGUUCAUUCACGGCCAUCUAACCUCCAGGCCUCUUCGGAAGAGCUCAAAGCUGCCUACCGGAGGCUGUGUAUGCUUUACCACCCAGACAAGCACCGAGACCCAGAUCUCAAAUCACAAGCAGAACGACUAUUUAACCUUGUCCACCAGGCUUAUGAAGUGCUUAGUGACCCCCAAACCAGAGCCAUCUAUGAUAUAUAUGGAAAGAAAGGACUGGAGAUGGAAGGAUGGGAGGUUGUGGAAAGGCGAAGAACUCCAGCUGAGAUCAGAGAAGAGUUUGAGCGGCUGCAGAGAGAACGGGAAGAGAGGAGGCUACAACAGCGAACCAACCCCAAGGGGACCAUCAGCGUCGGCGUAGAUGCCACCGACCUCUUCGAUCGCUACGACGAGGAGUAUGACGACGUGUCUGGAAGUGGCUUUCCGCAGAUUGAAAUUAACAAAAUGCACAUAUCUCAGUCCAUCGAGGCACCCUUGACAGCUACAGACACAGCCAUCCUCUCCGGAAGCCUGUCCACCCAGAACGGCAACGGAGGGGGCUCCAUCAACUUCGCACUUCGGCGAGUCACUUCUGCCAAGGGAUGGGGAGAGUUAGAAUUUGGAGCUGGGGACCUCCAAGGGCCUUUAUUUGGUCUCAAGCUCUUCCGUAAUCUCACACCACGAUGCUUUGUGACGACCAACUGUGCUCUGCAGUUUUCAUCCCGCGGAGUCCGGCCUGGCCUCACCACCGUCCUGGCUCGGAACCUGGACAAGAACACGGUGGGCUACCUGCAGUGGAGGUGGGGCAUCCAGUCAGCCAUGAACACCAGCAUCGUCCGCGACACCAAGACCAGCCACUUCACCGUGGCCCUGCAGCUGGGCAUCCCCCACUCCUUUGCACUGAUCAGCUAUCAGCACAAGUUCCAAGACGACGAGCAGACACGCGUGAAGGGGUCGCUCAAGGCGGGCUUCUUCGGGACUAUAGUGGAGUACGGAGCUGAGAGGAAGAUCUCCAGGCACAGCGUCCUCGGUGCUGCUGUCAGCAUCGGAGUCCCGCAGGGCGUCUCUCUCAAAGUCAAGCUGAACAGGGCCAGUCAGACCUACUUCUUCCCCAUCCACCUGACGGACCAGCUGCUGCCCAGCGCCGUGUUCUACGCCACCGCGGGGCCCCUCGUGCUCUACUUCGCCAUGCACCGGCUCAUCAUCAAGCCAUACCUCAGGGCGCAGAAAGAGAAGGAGCUGGAGAAGCAGCGGGAGAACACGGCCAGCGACAUCCUGCAGAAGAAGCAAGAGGCCGAAGCCGCCGUGCGGCUCAUGCAGGAGUCCGUCCGGAGAAUCAUCGAGGCAGAGGAGUCCAGGAUGGGGCUCAUCAUCGUGAACGCCUGGUACGGGAAGUUUGUCAACGACAAGAGCCGGAGGAGCGAGAAGGUGAAGGUGAUCGACGUGACGGUGCCGCUGCAGUGCCUGGUGAAGGACUCCAAGCUCAUCCUCACCGAGGCCUCCAAGGCCGGGCUGCCGGGCUUCUACGACCCCUGUGUGGGGGAGGAGAAGAACCUGCGGGUGCUGUACCAGUUCCGGGGUGUGCUGCACCAGGUGAUGGUACCGGACAGCGAGGCCCUGAGGAUACCAAAGCAGUCUCACAGGAUCGACACCGAUGGAUAAACUACUUGAGGACGGGAUUUCUAAGAGGCUUCAAAAAACCUUUUCCUGGGAAUGUACAAAUUUGGAGGCAGGGAAGACCGGAUACCCGGAUGUUUUUCUUUCUCCUCGAGAAGGCGGCAUCUAUCAAUUAUGUGAAGGGACACGCAACGCCGGCUGCACGCGGCCGUGACGGCCCCAGCCCAGGCCCCCACGUCCUUCUUUCCCCGAGGAUCAUGUUCCCGAGGGCGGGGCCUGGCCGUGGCGUCCGGCCCGCAGCACCCGCUGCCUGGAGUUCUCGUCCCCGGGAGGGAUGUACGGGACCCCUGCCCCAGGAGCGCGCCUCCCCCGCCACCCCGACCACGGGGCGCGUGGACGGAGAGGAAGGCGGGCCUCGCCGGGCCUCCGGAGCAGGGGCCGCGCUCCGGCACUUCCCGAAGCCACCUUUCUUUGCUGAAAUAUUACUACACGAACCCGGAGAGGACUGUGGGUUUAUAAAACUGCAUUUUGUGAGAGAACAAACAGGUUUGGAAAUCCGUCUCUUUAUUCCCCG